AUGUCCUGUUCCAGAGAGAGAGACUCAGCUCCACCUUUCCCUCAGAGAGUGCUCCAUGUUCCAGAGAGAGAGACUCAGCUCCAUCCUGUCCCUCAGAGAGAUGCUCCAUGUUCCAGAGAGAGACUCAGCUCCACCUGUCCCUCAGAGAGAUGCUCCAUGUUCCAGAGAGAGAGACUCAGCUCCCCCCUGUCCCUCAGAGAGAUGCUCCAUGUUCCAGAGAGAGAGACUCAGCUCCAUCUGUCCCUCAGAGAGAUGCUCCAUGUUCCAGAGAGAGAGACUCAGCUCCACCUGUCCCUCAGAGAGAUGCUCCAUGUUCCAGAGAGAGAGACUCAGCUCCACCUGUCCCUCAGAGAGAUGCUCCAUGUUCCAGAGAGAGAGACUCAGCUCCAUCUGUCCCUCAGAGAGAUGCUCCAUGUUCCAGAGAGAGACUCAGCUUCACCUGUCCCUCAGAGAGAUGCUCCAUGUUCCAGAGAGAGAGACUCAGCUCCACCUGUCCCUCAGAGAGAUGCUCCAUGUUCCAGAGAGAGAGACUCAGCUCCACCUGUCCCUCAGAGAGAUGCUCCAUGUUCCAGAGAGAGACUCAGCUCCAUCUGUCCCUCAGAGAGAUGCUCCAUGUUCCAGAGAGAGAGACUCAGCUCCACCUGUCCCUCAGAGAUGCUCCAUGUUCCAGAGAGAGAGACUCAGCUCCAUCUGUCCCUCAGAGAGAUGCUCCAUGUUCCAGAGAGAGACUCAGCUCCAUCUGUCCCUCAGAGAGAUGCUCCAUGUUCCAGAGAGAGAGACUCGCUCCAUCUGUCCCUCAGAGAGAUGCUCCAUGUUCCAGAGAGAGAGACUCAGCUCCACCUGUCCCUCAGAGAGAUGCUCCAUGUUCCAGAGAGAGAGACUCAGCUCCAUCUGUCCCUCAGAGAGAUGCUCCAUGUUCCAGAGAGAGACUCAGCUCCAUCUGUCCCUCAGAGAGAUGCUCCAUGUUCCAGAGAGAGACUCAGCUCCAUCUGUCCCUCAGAGAGAUGCUCCAUGUUCCAGAGAGAGAGACUCAGCUCCAUCUGUCCCUCAGAGAGAUGCUCCAUGUUCCAGAGAGAGAGACUCAGCUCCACCUGUCCCUCAGAGAGAUGCUCCAUGUUCCAGAGAGAGACUCAGCUCCAUUGA